AGCCACAGGUUUUUAUCAUUUAUUAUUUACUGGUCUCCAUCUUGCCAGCUGUGUUUACUUUCAUCUCCAUCGGCUGUGACAUUAAGGUCAAUCGAAUCUUCAAAUCGAAGGGUUACCAAGUUAUUUAGAAUCCAGAAACACGAGUCUUUGAACGGUCAUGAUUGAGUAGUGCAUUGACAACCAUAAAAUCGGACUAGUCAAAUCAUAGGCCAGCCCAAUUUUUAUACAUGGGCCAUGGAUUCCGUAAAACAAACCUGCUUUUCUUUCUGAUCCCGCCAGAGGACCAAGACGAUGACCGGUGCCACUCACCAUGAAAUCACAGCUCCUCUCAUUGAGAAGGAUAAAACUCCAUUUCCGGCAAACGAUGCUUCCGCUUCACGUUCACCAUCACCGGAACUCUCCGGCGACGAGAAUUCUCCUAUCGAGCAAGUUGCCCUCACGGUUCCGAUCACAGACGAUCCGUCCCUUCCGACCGUCACGUUCCGUAUGUGGACGCUCGGAACCCUGGCGUGCGUGCUACUCUCGUUCCUCAACCAGUUCUUCUGGUACAGAAGAGAGCCUCUAUCCAUCUCAUCGAUCUCGGCGCAGAUCGCGGUUCUACCGCUGGGGCAUUUGAUGGCGUCCACGAUCACUGACCGAGUUUUCUUCAAGGGGAAGAAAUGGGAAUUCACGCUGAAUCCGGGACCGUUCAAUGUAAAAGAGCACGUGCUAAUUACAAUAUUCGCGAAUUCCGGAGCUGGGAACGUGUACGCAAUACACAUAGUGAGCGCCGUGAGGAUAUUUUACAAGAAGAAUUUGAGUUUUUUGGUGGGCAUGCUGGUGGUUAUAACGACCCAGGUGCUAGGUUUCGGUUGGGCUGGUGUGUUCCGGCGUUACUUGGUGGAGCCUGCGGCUAUGUGGUGGCCGCAAAAUCUCGUACAAGUUUCACUUUUCAGGGCACUGCAUGAGAAAGAGAAGAGACGAAAGGGUGGAUUAACAAGGAUUCAGUUCUUUCUCAUUGCCUUCACUUGCAGUUUUGCUUACUAUGUCCUUCCAGGCUACCUAUUCUCACGGUUAACAUCGGUCUCUUGGAUUUGCUGGAUAUUCCCUGCUUCAAUCUUAGCACAACAGAUAGGUUCAGGACUUCAUGGUCUUGGAAUUGGUGCUUUUGGAUUCGAUUGGUCCAGCAUAUCCUCUUACCUUCAAAGCCCACUUGCUAGUCCCUGGUUUGCCACUGCCAAUGUUGCUGCUGGCUUUGCCUUUUUGAUGUAUGUUGUUACCCCUAUUACUUACUGGUUCAAUAUGUACAAGGCCAAAACAUUUCCCAUUUUUUCAGAUGGCCUCUUCACAUCCACUGGCCAAACUUACAACAUCUCAGCCAUUAUAGACUCCAAUUUCCACAUUGAUUCAGCCGCAUAUGACCGAAAUGGCCCUCUUUAUAUCAGCACCUUCUUUGCUAUAGCCUAUGGUAUCAAUUUUGCUUCCCUUUCUGCCAUUAUUGUUCACGUUUUCCUCUUCCAUGGGAGAGAAAUAUGGCAGCUAAGCAAGUCUGCGUUCAAGGAGAAGAAUGUAGAUGUGCACACGAAGCUCAUGAGAAGAUAUAAACAAGUUCCUGAGUGGUGGUUUACGUGCAUCCUUUUGGUUAACAUAGCAGCAACCAUAUUUACAUGCCACUAUUACAAUGAUCAACUCCAAUUGAAAUGGUGGGGCAUCCUGCUAGCAUGUGGUAUAGCCUUUUUUUUCACGCUUCCUAUUGGAAUCAUUAAGGCCACAACAAAUCAGCAACCAUCCCUGAAUGUGAUUACGGAGUAUAUCAUUGGAUAUAUAUACCCUGGUUAUCCUGUUGCUAAUAUGUGCUUUAAAGUUUAUGGGUUUAUAAGCAUGAAACAGGGGAUUGCAUUCUUAGAAGACUUCAAGCUCGGUCAUUAUAUGAAAAUUCCUCCUAGAUCAAUGUUCAUGGCACAGGUAGUUGGCACUUUCAUAUCAGCAUUUGUGCAUUUAGGAACAGCAUGGUGGCUUAUGGACACAGUCCCAGACAUAUGUGACAGAGCAUUGUUACCAGCAGACAGCCCCUGGACUUGCCCUGGUGACCAUGUGUUCUAUGAUGCUUCUGUCAUCUGGGGAUUGAUUGGGCCACGCAAAAUCUUUGGUGAUCUGGGCCAUUAUUCGUCCAUCAACUGGUUUUUCUUAAUUGGUGCUGUAGCUCCUUUGUUAGUUUGGCUUGCACAAAAGGCCUUCCCAAGCAAGGAAUGGAUUAGACUUAUCAAUAUGCCUGUGCUCUUAGGGGCAACGGUGGAGAUGCCUCCAGCUACUGCCGUCAACUACAUCAGUUGGAUUCUCAUCGGAUUCGCCUCGGGCUUCGUUGCUUACAGAUACUACCGCGGCUGGUGGAGUCGACACAACUAUGUCUUAUCUGGUGCACUUGAUGCUGGAUUAGCCUUCAUGGGAGUGUUGCUAUACUUGUGUCUUGGAAUGGAACAUGUAAGCCUUAAAUGGUGGGGCAAUGACUCCGAAGGUUGUCCAUUGGCUUCUUGCCCAACAGAACAAGGGGUUUUAGUUAAAGGUUGUCCUGCAAUUUUAGCCUAAAGUGUUUUGAAUUCUACUGUUUGAUUGAAUUGUAUUGAAGCCUUGUAAUUCCUUGUGCUAUGUAGAUUUGUAUAUAACUCAAUACUAGAUAGCUUCUUUUUUUUUCAAUAAUUUUUUAUUUAGUAUUAUUAUUAUAAUUAUAAUUAUUAUUUUGGGUAGAGUGAGGGAGGAAUCACUGGCUUUACUACCUGAGCUGUCCCAUAGGGACAGUGCUCUUUUGUUAUCGGCGAAGUAUUUGUUCAUAAUUUAUAUGAAAGAUCAUUCUAUUUCUCUUA